AUAUAUAUAUAAUGCUUUUUUCUUUCUCUUUCUCUCUACUAAACAUAUAUUUUGAAUCAAAACUAUUACUAUAUUGUCAACUUUAUGUCUUAUGUUUCAUUUCAGUUUAAAAUAAAGAUUAAUGAUUAUGACAGAUCCAUUAUGUCCCUAAUCAUUCAUUCAUGUUUCUGAAGAAUGAGGUUCUAGAAAGAGAGGAGAGACGUGUGGAGUUGAAAUAUCAGAGUUGCACUUAUGUUAUAUAAGUAUAUCAAGAUUCUCAUUUAUUUUAAGCAAUUCUGUUAAAUCGUUGUAUAAAUAUUUACAAUGGUCUCAGCGUGGGAAGAUUUUUAUGCAACGCAUCCACCUCCUCAGGAUUUGGAGCAGAGUGAAAAUGCUCUAAAGGAAUUUACCAAAAAGCAUUUAGACAAGGGCAAUAAAGUAGUACUAGUGACGAGUGGAGGUACAACUGUACCCUUAGAACAUAACACAGUGAGAUUUGUAGAUAACUUUAGUGCAGGCACAAGAGGAUCCGUUUCGGCAGAAUACUUUUUGGAGCAUGGAUAUGCAGUUAUUUUUAUGUAUAGAGUUAAAUCAUUGGAACCAUUUUCAAGACAUUUCACUGGACAAAAGUUUUUAGACUUGCUUCAAAUAUCGGAUAAUAAUAAUGAGACUCCUGUUAUCACAGUUUCACCAGAAUAUACACAGAAGGUAGCAAUAGUACUGCGAAAAUAUAGAGAAGCAUUUAUUCAAAGAAAAUUGCUACAACUCACUUUCACAACUGUUGCUGAAUAUCUCUGGCUGCUCCGAUCUGCUUGCCAAGUAUUAGCACCUCUGGAAAACAGAGCCAUUCUAUAUUUAACAGCAGCAGUCUCGGAUUUUUACAUUCCCUCUAAUGAAAUGUCAGUCCAUAAAAUUCAUUCAAGUGGACCACCAACUAUAUCUCUUCAAUUAGUACCAAAGAUAUUAGCUCCAUUAGUUAGUUUAUGGGUACCAAAAGCAUUUGUAGUCUCUUUUAAAUUGGAAACUGAUGAAAGCUUGCUAAUUUCUAAGGCGAGAAAUGCUCUUGACAAAUAUCACCAUAAUCUUGUAAUAGCAAACAUGUUGCAAACUAGAAAGCAACAAGUGAUAAUUGUAAGCAGAGAGACUGAUUAUAUUCUAUCUCUUACAAACGAUCAAUUAAAUAAUGGUGACGAGAUUGAACAAUUAAUUGUAAGUGACAUUGUUGAAAAACAUACAAAGUUUAUAUGGUCUAAAAAAGUUAAUUAAUUGAAUAACUUUAGCCAAAUAUUUAAUUUAAAAUAUUAGGUUUUAUAUUAAAUGCAUUUUAAAUAUCUUAUAAUUACAUAAGUUUUGGUAAUAAUGGGAUAUUCAGAUUUAGUAUGUAUAUAUAUACAUACAUACAUACAUGCAUGUAUAUAUUUAAGUGUAUAGACUUCAAUUAUAGAUAUGGAUAUUUUGUACAACAAAUAUUUUACAUUCACAUUUUUGUACAGAUUAUGACACGCAUAAGUAAAGACUUAGAACAUAAUUGAUAUUGAUUAAAACGAGAGACAUACUGUAAUAAUUAUCUAUUAAAAUAACUAUUUACCAUUUUAUUGAUCAUAUAAAUUAUCUUAUGAAUAUUGUUUAUUGAUUUAUGGAAUUGUUUUACAUUGUGUUUAUAUCAUCUAAAUUCUGUGUGUAUAUAUACACAUACACAUAUAAUUUAGAUGACAUAAUAUACAGGGUGUAUCUGAAAUGAUGCACUAAACUUUAGGAGCAUAUUCUAGAGGUCAAAAUAAGUCUUUUUUUCCUAUGAACAUGGGUCCACAAAUGAACCCUCCUCCGAGCCCCUAAAGUUUGGGGAAAAAA